UUAUGCGAAAAUGAAAGUAAGCGUUCGAACCCGAUAUAAAAAAAUCAAACAGCAUGUUCUUGAUGGUGCAAUAAACAGUCAAGAUGGCUGGAAGAGGAAGAGGGAGAGGAAAAAAUGUCUCUUUUAAUGUAGAAGCUUUGGGAUUUGGAAGAGGCGAGGCCUUACCUGGACCAAUAUCCCAACCACCACCGCUUUUUCCAACAGCAGAUUUCAAGCCAGUGCCCUUUCAGCAGAGUGAGGAGUAUGACUAUAUGUUGGCUCUGAAACAAGAAUUUCUCGGAAAUAUGCGUAAAUCACCAUUUUUCCUCCAAGCAUCACACAAGAGAAAGGACAUUGAAAGAUACUCAGACAAAUACCAGGCAGCCGCAGAAGUCAAUGGGAAAUGGAAGCCAGACUGGAGAAGGCUCCCUGCAGAACUCAAACCAAGAGUGAGGAGGAAAACAAAAUCUAGCGUCAAACCAAAGGUGAAGCCGAAGGUGAAACUGAGUGUGGAGGAUGUAUCCAAGACAUUAGAGGAACUGGAGAAAAAAGAGGUAGAUCAGGGAGAUGAGGAGGAGGAGGAGGAGGAAGAAGAAGGAGGGAAGAAGAAAGAGGAAGGAGAGGUGGAGGAAGAGGAAGAUGAGAUUUACGAUGAAGAGGACAUUGAAGAAGAGACAGACUACAUUUUGUCAUAUUUUGACAAUGGGGAGGAGUACGGAAAUGAUGAUGAUGAUGCAGAUGAAGGCCCAGUUUACUGAAGAAUUUACAGAGCAAGAGGAAUCAGCAUAAAUACUUUUUGCAAGAAAACUGAGAGAUGCACAAGAAAACUCACUUAUUAUUCCAGCAAGAAAGGAACUUCCCAAGUUUCUGCAAAGGAGAAAACUCUUCAGUCACUUUCUAAUCCUAACAAAGGAGAAAACUUCAGAUACAUUAUUUCUCUCCGAGGUCUGAAUGGUAGCCAUGGGGGAUAAGUGUCUAACAGAUGGUGGAGUUUUGUGCAUGUAUGCUGCUGCUAGUGAAGAACAGUUAUUGUGUGGUGCUGUGAAUAAAAUAAACAUCUAGUAUCUUUCUUUGUGCAGCAAAAUCUACUCUGCUGAGGUAUAUAUUCAAUGAGUAUUUGUGUUUAGGGCAAUGGCGGCAAUAUUUCUCUUAGCCAUGUGUUUUUGCCAAUGUCUGAACCAGAAAACUAUAGGUAAUUUUAUGAAAGUAUUCUUUGUAUGAUGUUGAAUUUAUUUAGUAAGAAAGGAUAGAAUAUCAUGAAUACACAUCAAUAUAGCUUAUGUUUUGCAUUUGUGUAAUCUUUAUGAAUGUAUAUGUACUAUGUAUGUGGUCUUAUAAGAUAUUUUAUAAGGAAAGACUUGUUUUGUUUGAAACGUGAAAUAAACUAGAAUUAGGAUUUUA